AUGUCUUCCCUUCCUCCCGUCCCUCCUCGGGCCCCUAAGUCUGCUCUUUGUCGUUAUGCAGCAGUAGGCAGAUGCCAACGAGGAUCUCUUUGUGCCUUUGCUCAUUCCCCUGAUGAAUUAACAACAAGAAGGGGCCCCCGUCAAGGGUAUAGGGGGCCCCCGAAAGGGGGGGCCCCCAUCUCACAGGGGGGCCCUAUGCACCUCAAUGGAGGAGCAGGAGGAGGUGCAGGAGGAGGAGGAGGAGCAGCAGCAGCAGCAGCAGCAAUGGUACCCAAUCAGCAGCAAAGACACAAUAAUAAACAAAAUUACUUCAAUAGGGGCCCCCAUAACAGGGCAGCAGCAGAUGAUGACGCACAGGCAGGGGGCCCCCGGGGGGCCCCCAAGGGUACCAAUGGACCUUUCCGUCAUAUGAAUGCUGCAGCAGGAAAUGCAGGAGGUUUUGGCGUAUCUCGCCCUCCCAAAGAAUGGAGGAGAAGAAAUAAUCAAGAACAUGAGGGGCCCCAUACGGAGGGCCCCGUGCAUGCAGCAGCAGCAGCAGCAGAUGCUGCUGCUGCAGGAGCAGCAGGAGCAGCAACACGUGCUGCACCUGCUGCUGCUAAUGAGAAGACCAACAACGACACGCAAAAUCCGCCUCCGCCUGCAGCAGCAGCAGCAGCAGGAGCUUCUGCUGCAGCAGCAACAGCAGCUGCACCUACGAGUGCCACAAAUGGUGCAGCAGCAUCCGCAACAACUGCAGCAGCAGCUGCUGCUGCAGGCAAUGCUGAAGAAGUCCAUCGUACACCUGCUGCUGCUGAAGUUGAACAGCAGCAGCAGCAGCAGCAGCAGCAGCAGCAAGCGAAGCAGCCUCCAGGGGAUUCGCAUGCAACUCCUGCUGCAUCUGCUGCAGCAGUCGAUUCGCCGCCUUCGCAUUCAAAGAGGGAGGGGCCCCAUGGGGGCCCUCAUAAGGACCAACCGAAACACCAGCAGCAGCAUCAGCAGCAUCAGCAGCAGCAGCAGCAGGAGAGGCCUAGGCCGCAUGCACCGGAAGUAUGGAGUACUGAUGGGCCUGUUAGCUGCAGCACAUGGGUCUUACCUGCAGAGAAGCUAAGGGGACCCUCAGACAAUAGAUUCCUUGUCUCUUCUCCGCAGCAGCAGCAGCAGCAGCAGCAGCAGCCACAGCAGCAGCAGCAGCAGCAGCAGCAACUGCAGCAGCAGCGGCGUGAUAAUGAUGGCAACAACAUCAAACGGUAUGAUGGUGAUGGUGCUGCAUUCACACGUAAAGGUGGGUCACCUGCAGCAGCAGCAGCAGCAGCAGCAGCAGGUGCUGCUGCUGCUGCUGAUGGUGGUGCAGCAGCAGCAGGGGGAGUUGCUGCUGAACCUCAUAGGAGAGGAGGUCGUAGGCCAGGAGGGCAGCAAGGCUUCUCGGGCUACAACCACCACCAGCAGCAACAGCAGCAGCAACAACACCAGCAGCAGCAACAUCAGCAGCAGCAACACCAGCAGCAGCAACACCAGCAGCAGCAACACCAGCAGGAAGCAGCAGCAGGGAUUCCCUUUGCAUGCGCUGCUCGAUCUGAGCAUACGGGUGUAGACACAGCAGACACCCGAGGGUACAAGACUGCAGCACAGCAGCACGCCCACGAGCAGCAGCAGCAGCAGCAGCAGCAACUGCAGCAGCAACUGCAGCAGCAGCAUGCUAUUGCCUAUGGGGACAAUCAUUUGGCUUACUGCCGCGCUCCUGCUGCAGAGGAGUGGGGCCCCUAUUGGGGGCCCCUCCCUUAUGGUGUACCUACAGAUUAUAUGUUAGCAGCAGCAGCUGCAGCACAGCAGCAGCAGCAGCAGCAGCAGGAGAUGGUUAGUGCAUAUGGCCUACCUAAGCUGCGUAGUCCCCUUGAGGGAUCAACAGCAGCAACAACACCAUCAGGUGUUGUGGGGCCACCGUACACAUUUGCUGCUGCUGCUGCUGCUGCUGCUGCUGCUGCAUGCCUUGAGCCUUGUUCUUACCUGCAGCGUAUGGCUAUAGCCAAGCAGCAGCCAGGCUUCUCUGAUUUGCUGCUGCAGCAUGCACCCAGUUGCUACAAAGAAUAA